GCUUCAUAUUAACACCAAACUAUGCACCAAACACAUACAAAAUGAAAAUGACAUGAAAAUCGUGAAGUUAGCAAUUGGCAUCAAAAUUUUACAAAAGGUUUAGAUGUCAGAUGUUACCAUUGGUCAUAGGAUCUCUUUCUUGUAUUUCAAGGAUGUAUGUUGGGAAAAAAAUUGAAGAAGUGUUAGGAUGCUCUGUUCGUGAUUAUUUCCUUGAAACUCAAGAUAAGGUCAAUACUCUUGAAGACAUUCCUCCUUCUGUAAUUGCAACAGGAUUUAGUUAUUGUCUCACCUUUAUAUACAUGAUCUCGUUUUUGUUGCUGUUGAGGAAAAUGAAGUGUUAUUUGGCCAUGUGCACCAUAUGGAGUUGCUGGCUCAAACAAGAAGAUCACGUUUUUAAAUGUUGUUACUUGGUUAUGUGGACCUUAUGAAGCUACUGGUUCACACAUGACACACAAGAAGAUCACUGUUGCUUAAUGUGUAUGUUACUGAAAUCUUUUUUUAAAUACAUACACAUAUGACAUUUCAUUGAGAAAUUUUAAGAAUUAUAUAAGCAGUACCCUUCUCUCCCUAAAUAACAUGUAGUUUGUGUUUCAUGCUGGGUUCUUUUGAAAUUCUUGCAAUUUUAUAAUAACAUUUUUGUAUGACGACAUGCAUAACAAAGUAUAACGAUUGAUGGUUCCAAUCUGAAAGAGAACGGUAUUGAAGUCAGUGUUUUCGGACUACUCAUUACAGACUGGGGGAAUUAUCUGUAAGUUUUCCAGACUUAGCUGUAUUGUGUUCUUCACAUGAUAAAAGACUGCCACGUUUAUAAUAAACUGGAAUUUGUGAAUUCUUUCAUUACGUACGUAUAACAAGAAAAAAUUAUAUUGCGUCACACGUUAAA